UCAUGGCACGCGCUUUUGUAGUGCGUGGAAUGGAACUUCGGAGCAUCUAAGGUUCCAUAAACUAAACAACACCUAUAGAAUUGGUGUUUUUAAAUAAUGCACUUGUUAUUAUGUAUUUGGUAAGUUUGAUUUUUGUGUGGGCAUGCGUGUAUGGCAAGUCAUGUAAACAAUCUAGGCUAAUAUGUAGGUGUCUUUCAGUGGGCUUAUUAAAUAAUUUGACACCGUUAUGAAUGGAAUAGAAUGAUUUCUUUCUAAAAUUACCUGGUUGAGCUUACCGUUGACCUCCUUGCUCCCUAAAAUGAAGUUACCUUUAAGAUAUUAUAUUGUAUUUUUUAGAAUUGUUAGCAGUAUGUAUGUGUGUAUAUAUAUAUAUAUAUAUAUAUAUAUAUGGAUAAUUAAGUUAUAUUUUUCCUAUUGUACUUGCUGGUUCUAUGUCAACUUGACACAAGCUAGAGUCCUCAGAGAGGAGGGAAACUUAAUUGAGAAAAUGCCUUUUUAAGAUCAGGCUGUAGACAAGCCCUUAGGGCAUUUCCUUACUGAUUGAUAGGGGAGGGCCCAGCCCAUUGUGGGUAUUGCCAGUCUGGGCUGGUGGUCCUGAAUUCUAUAAGAAAGCAGGCUGAGCAAGUCAGUAAGCAGCACCUCUCCAUGCAUCAGCUUCUCCGUUCAGGUUCCUGUCCCGUUUGAGUUCUUUUCUUGACUUCCUUUAAUGAUGAACCCUGAUAUGGAAACGCAAUAAGCCAAAUGAACCCCUUUCCUCUCCAGAUUGCUUUGGUCAUGAUUUCUCACCAUAGCAAUAGGAACCCUAACCAAGACACCUACCUUCCUUUUUUCUUCUCUCACAUCAUUAACAAAGGAAGCAAGCCAGUAAUGAAUGAAGGGCCCUACUGGAGAGAUACAGUGGUACAUGCUUAACACUACUUUGUUAAAGGAGUAUGCAAAUCGCUAACCUUGUAUUUCUAGAGUAUAGUUAGUUGACUUUCCCAUAAGCACCUCUGUGUGAGGUCAAGAUUUAAGUGUGUCUGUGUAGCAUCUCUAAAUGGAGGGAAAAAGCCCAGGUUUGCUUCCUGUUGUGCACCCUGAGGAACUGACUGGGCCCAGCGCAUUGAGGAAUUGGAGGUGUGCAUUCCUUUCCAAACAUCGAGGCUCUGAGGAGAGAGCAGUCCCCCCCCCCGCCCCCACCUUUUUUAGCAGAAUCUUAGACUAUAGUCCAGCUGAGCCUAGAGUUCAAUGUGUAGUCCAGACUGGCUGACUUCAGACUCAGUGGCAAUCCUGUGUUAGCCUCCAAAGUGCUAGAAUUAUGUGUGUGAGCUUCUGUGUCUAGGUAAGAUAUAUGUCUUAUUGACUACUUCAUGAUUUCUACUGCCUUUCCUAAAAACAUUCUGUACUAAAUAUGUGUGGGGCCCACCUUCACUAGACCUGUUUUUAUGAUUAAAUUGCUGUCAAUAAAUACCUGAUUGAUCUUUAAAAGAGGAUUUGAAUUUGGCUCCUAUGCAUGUUUCUUUGUCUUCCAACGUUCUGUCUCUGUGGGGUGGGGGAGACGAUUGAUUCACUGUGUGAACUUCUUGCUGUACAUGCAUGAGUACCAGGGUUCAAAUUUCCAGCACCCACAUAGAGCCGGACGUGGUGGCAUGCAUCUGUAACCCAGUGCCUGGGAGACAGUGACAGACAGACCCCUGGGACUUCCUGUCCGGUCUUCUAGCCAAAAUACCAAGCUUGAGUUCAUUUGGACCCUGUCUCCAAAAUAUAUGUAUGGUAGAAAGUAAUAAAGGACACCAGCCUCUGACUUCUACAAGCACAGGCAUAUGCUCCCACACAUGAUACACCUCUAGGGACACAGCCUCUCUCUCAAAAUUAAUUUUAUCUAAAAUACUACUUUGUUCUAGAAUCGAGCCUAUUCUUCCCAGUGAGGGUUACAUCCACGUGGCCUAUAGGCAGUUGUAGCUGUAUAUCACACCGACAUUGAGAUAGCCUAUGAAGACAACACGAAGAAAAUGAUUUUCCUAGCCACCUGAGGGGAUAGUAUACAGCCAUUAUGUUUGUUGAGCCUGAAAGGAACAUGGGUACUAAAGUCCAGCUCGUGUCUUCCAAAGCAUUGCAUGAGUCUCUCAACUCUGCAAACCUGCCGCCUUUAAUGAGGAAUGAAGAAAUCCUGUGACCUAUAUGGGAGUCCCACUUUAUGGCCGGAACUGAGGACACAGGUGAGGUAUUGCCCCUGCUCUCUUUGGGUGGAAAGGCAGGUACGGGGUGAUAAAUCGGGUGAGGGUGCUCUGCACUGGGGCCUGUGGUGAGUUCUCCUUCCUAUUUUGGUAAAAUGUUUCAAAUGCUGUUCGUUUCCUGGAACAUUAUACAAAGACACUCUAUUAUUAUGUUAGUGCAGCUUAUAAUUAUCUAUUGGAUGAUAAUUAUUCAAUAAAAUACUUGCUUGUUGAAUGAGCAGAAUGGGUGCUUCUUUGUAAGUACGGCUGUUACUUAGUAGUUCAGAAUUCUUAGUCCGAGUUGUUCACUGUUGCCAUAAGAAAAGAACAUAUAAAACCAUUUUCCAAAACCUAUUUAGAAACUUGGUUCCCCAUAUUUCCUACUUAUUGGGCUUAAUAAGUGUCUUUGAUGAUUUGUUUUCUUCAAUCACAAUCCUUAAAUCUUCCUCUUGGUAACUGAUUGUAGUUCGUUUCGUUGAAAAUUUUCAUUUAUCUAGAACACCUAGAUGCUCGCUUUGAAAAUAGCUUGUCAUGUAUACAUUAUAGUAUAUCUUAUGAAAUGUUUUAUACCAAUCUAAGUCCAGUACAGGAGAGUAAAUUAUGGUGUAUAUAUAGCGCAAAAUCAUUCUACAAAGACUUCAAACUGGGAAAAUAACCACCAGCAGUGCUAGGUUAAAGGCUGGCGGGUCGACCAACUCAGCUACCACCUAGUCCCAGAUCCAGGGUUUUGAGCUGGCCCACCCCAGUAUCUGUGUCAUCUGUGAGCUGCUGGAAUGAGUGAAAUGGGUGGUCCUGCAGAUCCAUCGGUCAGGACCUCCAAUGUCAUAGGACAACAGGAUAUCCCAGAGGAGUCUAGGUCAGGCUAACGGUCCAGUAUAGAUGGUGUCAUAGAAGUCAGAGGCCUUGAAUCAGACUAGCGACUUGCAAUGAACAUUUGCCAGUAAAGAUGUGUGGACCAAGGGGUGUACUGUGGGGCACACUGUGGCACACUAUAGCUUCCAGGAUGAGAUGUUUUCUAUGCUUUGCUUUGUUUAUUUUUUCUUUCCUUGACCGGGGAGGUUGCAAGGGCAAAGGGUGGAUGCAAAGGGGAUUUGGGUGCCUGAUGUGAAAAUCACAAAGAAUCAAUCAAUAAAAAGUUAAAAAAUGUUAUUUCCCCAAAAGUUAUGUGUACAAACUGAUUCGUGGAGAUUCAAUGACUAUGUUUGUGAGACACGCCUUUUGUCUCUGUGAGGGUAUUCUCUGAGAGCUUUAACCAGGUCAGAAAGGCCCAUCCUGACCAAGAGCAGCAGCAUCCCACAGACUGGGUUCUUACCUGGAUAAAAGAGAGAGAGUAGAAGGCCAGGGAGUAAUGACUUCCCCCUUCCUCUGCUUCCUGUUUGAAGCCAUGGGCCAGCCAUUCUGGAUACCAUGCCCUCCUACCAUGGAGGACGGAGCCCUCUGAACUGGAAGAGAGCGUAAACCCUUCCUUCCUCCCUUAAGUUGCCCCCUUUUCAGGAAUUUGGUCUCAGUAACAAGAAAAGUAACUAACAUGAAAGAUGUCCAGCAGGAAGCACCAAAGGCUAGCGUAGCUCCUCUUUUUACGGUCCCGAGACGAGACGUUUCCCCAUCCCCAAAAUAUUUCUGUUAUGAUUAGGAAAAAAGAUUCAAAUACCAUUUUUAAAAAUGAUAAAACCCUAUGGAUACGGUAUGAUAAUGUGUGUGCUGUCUGACGUGACUGUCCCACAGAAGAGCGUGGCAGUGUAACGAGGGCCCUGACCACAGCAUGGUCUUCGACCUGUACUGCGUCACUCCGACAUCGCUUGUAUUAUGUAGCUGGCGCUCUGUAGUAGUAGGCAUUCGUGGAUGUCCUUUUGUUUUGUUUUUUGUUUUUCUAAGGCAAAGUGCCGUGUAGCCCAGGCUGGCCUUGAACUCCUGCCCCUCCUGGCCGCUGCCUCCAGCACUGCAGAUGGGUGUUCCAGGUCCCCCACUCCCUCGCGCUUCUCUCUUAGUCUUUCGGCUUGCUCUCAGUUCUCACUGCCGUGGGCGGCUCAUCUGACCUUACAACUUUCCUUACUCUGCUGCUCUGGAUAUGCAGCAACUGAAGGACCCAGAAACCCAGGUUCAUGGACCAGUUUGUGAAAAUUCCAAGGAGAACAGAGCCGCGCAGAGCAGACUUCUUUACCAGCUUUAGUAUUUUUGCUUCUUGGUUGUCUUUGAGUUGUCUAUAGGAUCCUCAGUAUUAACGUUGUAAAACGCCAUUCCCUGGAGGGAGAAGACAUCACCAGAUUAUUAAGUAUUUUCAGAUCCAGGCAAACGCCGUUUCCUAUGGAAUGGUCAGGAAUGGCACCACAAAGCAUGCCCUGUGUUGAACCAAACAUUUCAGCUCCAUUUAAAAAGACUUACUUUUUCCACGUAAAACUACUUGGAAAUUUACUGUUGUAUAAAGAGCAUUAUAGUGCAAUUAUGUCUUCAAAUUAUAUUAGGAAAGUUUUAAAAGCCUGGUACGUACAAGCACAGUUUUUAAAAUGGAAGUUUUGUGCCAGCGAGUCAGUGCUUUAUAUAACAGACACUGUUUAGUGAAGUAAUAAAGUUAUUCAUUCAGUAACCAGCGGUUAUGCUUUUUACAGUGUAAGGAGUAGUACCAGGCAUAUGCAAGAAGAAAAAGGUUUUCCUGGAGUCAUUGGCUACCAGGGUUUUCACCUUCUGUACAGUCGUUCCUGUGUUCCCAUGUCUUCCUGUUUUCUCUAGCAGUCUCUAGGUGUGACAACGUAGCGUGCGUAGUCUAGCAUUCUCAGCAGUGCACGGGUUUUAUGCCUUCAACUUUCACAGCAUGCAGACCAGGAAUCUAAGAGUCAUUCGUUAUCUGCAGGUUUCACUGAAACGAGAGACUCCCUGUGUGGAAGAGUGGGCAAGCUUCUUCAAAGGCAAGGUCUCUGGAGUAAACCCCCACAAAACACAGAGGAGAAAAAGACCCUAGGGAAAGAUGCGCUUGUUUGAAGGGUGUUUGUCCCACCCCUUCGUCACAGUCCUCCUUCGGCUGCCCUGCUUCUUUUCUACUCAGCAAUGACAGUGCUGUCCGUCCAGCUGAAGGCGUCAGGUGACCCUCAUUUCCGGGUUAUCCUUUGACAAGAGUGGAACAGAGAUCUUUUAAAACAGUGUCCUAUUUCAAGACUCGUUUACUUGAUUAUAUGUGUGCGAAUGUUUCCCCUGAAUGUAUGCUUGUGCACUAGUGCCCUUGCAGCUCCAUGUGGGUGCUGGGAACCAAACCAAGGUUUCUGUAAAGCGAGAGCUCCUAACUGCUGAGCUAUUGCUCCAGCCCCAGAUGUCUUAUUGUAUAAAGAAAAAAAUAGUUAUAGCAAGAGCAAAGCUGCACCACACUCAGGAAUUGUGCUUUAGUGAAACUGAAGUUAGCCUCACAGCAAUAUUCUUCUAAAAUUAAAAUUUGGAGUUCUUCUUAAUUGAUCAGCAUUCCCUUGAACACCCCCCGACCCCCAAGUACAGCUAUGGACUUUUACUCAGCAAACAUUUAUUUAAAUUCUUGCAAACUGUGCCUUGCUGUCUACAAGAAGAAUCCCGUGACAGCACAUGGAUCACAGACCUAUGCUUCGAAGGCAUUAGUAAAACACUGGAUGUGAAGAAGCUCAUGUUGGAUUAUUAUUUUUUAAAUUCAGGUGAGCCUCGCCUAAGCACAAACCAUUCUGAGACAAGCUUUUCCGUGGUGUAACUUUACAUCGUAGCAGUCUGCGGUGGUGCAUGCUGCAGUGACAGGGUGUACAAAUACUGGAGUAACUGCCUGUCUCUUCGCUGUGACUCCCAGGAGUGAGACUCUGGUCAUGUGCGGAUCGCAUUGAUGGUUUUGCAGGCUUCUCAAGUCACUUUGGACAGUAGCUGUACUGUUGUCCGUUCCUACCUACAGUGUCUAAGAACUCAGCUUCUCCUGCCACACGAACACUUCUGAGUUAUCUACGCAACCUGAGUAGAUGCAGAGUGGGGUUUAGUUGUGCGUUUCCCAGUUACUAGUGAGGAAGAACAGCUUUUCAUGUGCUCUUUUGGCCACUAGUGAAUCUUUAGAAAAAUAUUUAAAGUCUUUUGUCCACAUUUAACAACGCUUUUACCACCUUAUUCUAAAUAUUAUAUAAUUCUGUACAUACGUGUACACACACACACACACACACACACACACACACACACACAGUGCAUAUAUAUUUAUGUGCCAGGAAUGGAUAAACAGAAACACAGUCUCAGUGGGGUUACCUUCCUGGGCUUAUACAAUUUAAACUUUUGCUAUGCACAAAUAAGGUUUUUGGUGAGUAGGUUGGAGCAUGAUAUUAACCUUGAUGUCUUUGUGGGCCAGUGACUGAUGGUUCCACAGUCAGCUGUUUCACAAGUGCACACAGUUAAGUUAAGUGGACACCUGUUGGCCUUUGGCUUAGUCAUUGCUGCCCAUAUCUACAAUGGGAACACAUUUGGUCUUGAGUCACAAAAAGGUCUUUUAAAAAUAUAUGAACACAAUAGACCUUUAUGUAAUCUUCUUCACCAAUGAAAGAUAUUUGUGUUAUAAUAUUGUAUCCUCUUAAAAAAUUCCCACAGUAGUUGUCCCUGAAAUAUAACUGAAAGCACCUGAUGCCUGUCUAGGCACGAUACAUAGACUGUCUGGUUUAUGCAUGAAUUAAUAGAUUCAAAGGUGCUAAGUGUUCAGACUAUCCAGAAAUUAGCAUUGUUCCAGGAGUGGUUUUGCGAGGUUAUUUAAUUCUGUAGUCUGUUUUGUGCCCUGUAGUAUUUUUUUCUCCCUUUAGUUCAGGAGCAAUGUAAAAUUUGUUUCCAGUUCAUGUCUGUGAUUCCUUCUGUGCAUUGCUAUUUACAGGGACUUUUAUGUUGUCCAAUGUAAUGUUGUUUUAUGUUGUCUGUACGUCUAGGGUUGUUCUGUCCUCCUUUCAAGAAGAGGUUAUCUUUUAAAGUCUUAAGUUUAUUUGACCUACCUGGAACUACAUUAAAAUUUACAAAGCCCUAAAUUCUUUAAUGUCUAAAUGAAACUGAGUAGGUUUAUAAUUUACACACAUCUCAAAAUGCAGCAGACUAAAAGCUAGGACCACUUUCCUCAUUUCUUGACACUAGCACAAAGUGGAAGUCUUUGUGGCUUGCUAAGGCUUGUCUGUUGAGGGCCCUGAGGUUAGGUCCUGUGUAUUCCUCCGCAGCCACACUUUCUGUUCAUUGCUUUAUUAGCGGUUUCCCCGGGAAGGGUGUUGUGCUGCCGGGUAGUGUGUGAAAGACAGGAGUUUGCCAUACACAGACUUCACCUGCUUUGUCAGUCACUUUCUCUUGCUGCUGCACAAUACCACGACCAAACACAAGUAGCAGGACCAGGCUUUAUUUUGCCUCACUAUCCCAGAGGCAGUCCAUAGCGGUGGGGGAUACACAGCAGCGGCAGCUGGGGCAAAAAGCUGAGCUCCUCCACCACUGCAGUCCCAAAGCAAAGAGAUCGUAAAUAGGGAAUGGUGCAGUGCUGCAAACUCUCAAAGCUGACCCCCAGUGAUGUGCUUUCUCCAGCAAGAUGCCACCUCUCACAGGUUGUGUAACCUUGGAAACAGCAUUGCCAGCUGGGGACCAGGCCCGUGGGGGCCAUUUCUCAUUCACAGCUCUACACAUAGUUAUUAGGGGUCUAUAAAGAAAAGAGGGGGACUAUCUAAUGCCACUUUGGCAGUUUGAGAAGGGUUUCUUGGAUAAAACCAAGCCUGAUGGACCUGAGUUUCAUCCCCGCAGCCCACGUAGUUGAAGAAGAGCUAAUUCCUGUAAGUUGUCCUCUGGGCUCAACGUAGAUGCCAUUGCACUGCCGUCCCUUAAAUAAACAGACAGAAGAUAGCUGUAAAUAUCUUACUUAAAAAAUACAGAUGAACAGCUCCAAUUGUUGACUUUAGGCAAGACUGUAAGAUCAGUUUGUGAUUCAUACACCAGAGGUUCUUUUUGAGACUUCUGAGUGGAAGCUCCUAAGAAAUUUUGUUGUGAAAUCAGGGUAAUUAUAGGUAGUAAGGUUGGACUAAACCAGGCAAAUUGCGUUUGUGUUUUUUUACUUUGUGAGUAGGAGACAACCUCUCCUUGCCUUUCUUUGCAUCUGUAAAAUCAGGAGCUCUUACAGAACCUGCCUUGGAAUUAGGUAAUAAAAUUAAAACUCUUAAAACACUGUCAGGUGGCAGGAGAUAUAGCAUAGAGGUUUAGAAUAUGUGUUGCUUUUGUAGAGGACCUCGGUUUGGUUUCCAGCCUCCACAUGGUGGCUCAACCAUCCUUAAGUCCAGUUGUAGGUCAUCCAUUGCCUUCUGACAUCAGUGGGCAGCAGUCACAUGUGUUACAUGCAGGCAGAACACUGACACAUUAAAUUAAUAAAUUUAAAGAAAAAAAAAGACACAGUCAGACUGUUGCAUGUUUAAGAGUGCCAGCCAUUGACACAGUCAGGCUAUUAAAUGUCUGAGAGUGCCAGCCAUUGACACAGUCAGGCUAUUAAAUGUCUGAGAGUGCCAGCCAUUGUUUUCAUCUGUGUCCUGCUGGAACUCAGAUGAUUAAGGUGAACAGGGGAGAAUGAGGUCAGAGAUGGUCAGUUAAUGAGGACACACGUGAACCAUCGAACAUAGAAGAGCUUUGAUUGUAAAGGUAGUGGGAACUGUUAAAGUAGGUGUGCUUGUUUCCUUGUCUACCUCUGAAAAGUUCCUUUCCAAAUACUGCAUCCAUUUUCAGAUAGAUACGUUGCCACAAGAACAGUAAUGCAUUGUUAUAUAAACAAAACAUUAAAACCUUUAUUUAGACACACACACACUCACACACACACUCCAACACACUCACAUACACACAGUCACACACACACACUCACACACACACACUCACACUCACACACACACACUUGAACAGAUACAAGCAAAGCAGUCUAUUUGGAUGGGGUUUCUGUGAUUUGAAAUAAACUAAGGUAAAUGGAGGAGAGGCACAGGGCUGCGGUAGCCGUGGAUCAGGACAGGAUAGUUGGGCUCCGUGGGACCUGCAAGCCACUCCACUGCCGCUAUUUUCCGUCACUCGUCUCACUUUCUUAGUAUCCUUUACUUCUUCCUUUUCAGAUCCGCUUUCUUUGACUAUACAUGUCUAUGCCUGAACAAAAACAAGGGGGCGAAUUCCUAGAUCUGUCCUAUCCAAUGGAGCCCCCCAAAUAAGUUUUAAAGCUAAAAGAGGGGACAGAUACCUGGUGGUACAAUUCCUCUGGUCCUAGCAAAAGCAGAGGGACCAGGAGGUCAAGGCGAGCCAGGUCUAUAUGAGACCCUUUCUCAAAGAAAGGCAGUGCAGUGGGAAUGGGAGGACACAAAGGAAAACCGCGUAACAUAGGAGGCCUGUCUACUUAGAGAGUAAGUGUAUAGCCACGUCUUACUAUGUCAGAAGCUCGUGUUUAAAAUUUUUGAUGUCUAGGUCACAUGGCUUACCAAAAUAAAAAUUUAGGAUAGGAACCAAACAAACUUCGGUAUUUCGGAAACCAGUGAGCAGCAAGGGUUGGGUACCACUUUCAGAACUUGCUUUCCUGACUGUGCUCCACCAAGUGAUUGUGUAUUUUUAUUUAUUUAUUAUACAGCAUUUACACACACACACACACACACACACACACACACACACACACACACACACACAGACACGUAUCUGAGGAAGUAGGAAUCAUCUAAUGCUAAAACAUAAGCAACAGCAGCAGCAAUAAACCCUGGCUCUGCUGGGUAAGGAGAAAAGUGUUCGUGCCCGCAUAUUGUUGAGCAGGAUGCAGAGUGCACCUCAGAGGUUGUUUGAGCAGAACAGCUACGAUUCCAGUGAGUAAAAUGUCACACACUGCUCUUAGAUUCCUUCACUGGGAUGGUUCUGUUGUCUUUCUAGAUAGUUUACUACCUCUGUUAGCUACUAAUCUGCCUCUGUGACAAGAUGCUAGGACUACUGCAGCUUAUGUAAGAGUUUCUUUUGGUGAAUGGUACCAGUGUUAAUGCCAUAACAGUGAGGUUAUCAUGGCAGUGGGCGGUCGUUUUGGUGGCUGGAGCACUAAGGUAGAGAGCUCACAUCUUCAGCUGUAGACAUGACUCACUCAUUAGAGUGAGUGAACUAAAUAGUGAGUCUUUGAACUCUCAGUGCUCCCCUCUAGGGACAUACUGCCUCCAACAAGGCCACACCUCCUACAUGUCCCCAAACAGCACUACUGGCAGGAGACCGAGUGUUCAGAUACACAAGCCUCUGGGGGAACAUUCUCUUUCAAGCCUCCACUGCCUCUCAGCUCCCUAAUUUCAAGAGAAGAAUCUGAUGGAUUCGUGUUUUCUCAUCACAGUGAGGUAGGUGGAGAGUCAGGGUUGCUGUGGAUGGAUAAUAGAGGCUGUGCUCACUGCUGCUUUCCUACAAAAUUAGUUCUGCAUACUUUAGACAGACGUUUUCCUUUAUAGUAGAAUACAGUCAGUGUGCCCGUAAUGUGAAGAUGAACGAUAGAAGAACACUUCUGUUCUUAGCAUCAGUUAGGACAAUGCUGGUUAGUAAAGCACAGCUGCAGGUUCCUCUCCAAGGUUUCACCAGUCCUGGGCCGUUAGCUACCUUUCCAGUGUCAGUCAUGACUUCUCUCUUGUUUGGUGAGCUUAAGUCCAAUUAGAGAGCUGUUGAUUACCACCAAGGUAUGCCCUUGGGUUAUCUGCCAUGCAGGUCAUUGUUGUGGUCCAUAGCUGGGUAGUAGUGUUGGUAGCUUCCCUCCUUUGAAGCGUCCCUGGUAUUUUCUGGUACCAUAAAAACUAGUUCUCAGAGACAAGGCUACCUACAACAUUUAUAUAUUAAAAAAAUACACGUUCACAUUCUCAUAUUCUUUCCCUCCCUCCCUCCCCCCGUCCCCCCCUUCCCCCUCUCGUUCUUACUAUGUAGCCUGGCUGGCCUAGAACUCACUAGGUGUAGAAAAAGUUAUUCUCAAACAGAAGAGAGAUCUGCCUGUCUCUGCCUUGUGAGUGCUGGGAUUAAAGGUCUGGCUGCUGACCUACUUUUGCCAACUAGGCUACACCUCCUAAAGGUUCCAUACCCUCUCACAAUAGCAGUGCCAGCUGAGACCAGUAUCCCAAGCGCCAGUCUGUUGGAGGGCAGUAGGGACCCAAGCUGCACCACCACUGACCUGCUCUUAGGCUGUCGAUUGGCUCAUCCUUGUACACUGACUUCCAGUAUCCUUUCCUUGGUGUUAGCUGAUCUCUCCCCAUGUCCUCAUUCAAAUCAAACCCUGAUGUUUCAGGCUUUCAAAACCUAUAUUUAAAAGAAAAAUCUAAAACCAUGUUUUAUUGCUUAAAUAAAAUUUAAUUUUCUGGUAAUGAUUAUUUAUGAUUCUGCAUUUGUGUGUUUAUUUUUCCAACUGCAUUGCAGCUCAUCAGACCAGGUUUUUAUUUUUCACGUGUGUUCUGUGUCACGGUGUAUUCUCUGGCUUAGCGUAAGAGUGGCUACAUGAUAGCCAACACAUUUAUUAAAAAAUGAACUUUGUAUUAACUACCUGAGACAUGCCAAGUUUUAGCCUUCAUAUGUUUAAUACUGAGCAGCCUUAUCUCUUCUGGAAAGCCUUUGAGAAAAUCAGGGUCAGAGAAAUCCCUAUACUACUUCCUUCUAUAUAGAACUCUUAUGUUUAAGAAAUCAUGCUCAAACUUUUAUCUCAUUUAAUUUUUACAGUUUGAUGAAGUAACAGUCUGGCCUGGAUUAAAAGGUCUCAAUGUUAGGAAAUAUAUUUUGACUAGUGUCUAGUAAAGCUUGGUAAAGCUAAUCAGAUUUUAAGUAGUCUUUUUUUUUUAAAAUGACACUAUAGAAGUUAGCAUAUUUUCAUAUGUCAGGAUGUUCUGAAAAUUCUUUUUUUCUAGUAAUGAUUAUUUAUGAUAUUAUAAUUCUUGAGUUUAGGAAUGCAUGACUGUUUAGUCUUUUCUUCUUGUUCUGGUUAGAGUAAUAUUUGCUUGGAAUCUGAACCAGUUUCGAAAGACAAAUGUAUAUGGACACAGUAUCUUUCCAGAAAAUCUUGCAACUAUUUCUGUGACUACAUAUGUUAACAUUUUUAUAAUUGGCUUCCAAAUGGCAAACACAGAUGGCUGGUGUCUGAGUUUCCAGCAUGUUUUAGAAUAAAUGUUUUCUCAGUAAGUUAAAGUGUAUCACUUCAGUCAGGUGGUUACCCAAUUGAGUAGGUUUUUUUUUUUUCCUGUCAACUUACCAUUUUCAGGUAUAAAAUUAAAAUACCUUAAAUAGCCAAAAGACAUUGAAUAUAUAAAAUGAUCUUGUUUUUUUUAAUUUUUGAAGUUUGAUUAAAUUAUUUACUUUUACUUACUCACUUUCAAUCCUGCUCACUGCCGCUCUCCUAAUCAACCAUUCCUACAAUCCUUCCUCCAUCUCCCAUUCCCCUUCUCUGAGUAGGUGGGUGGGAGCCUGGGUAUCCCCUCACCCUGGCACAUCAAGUCUCUGUCAGGCUAGGCACAUCCUCCCCCUACUGAGGGGGAUGAGGCAGCCCAGCUAGAAGAACAUAUCCCACAUACAUGUAACAGCUUUUGGGAUAGCCCCCAUUCCAAUUGUUUGUAACCCACAUGAAAACCAAGCUGCACAUCAGCUAGAUAUGUGCAGGGAGGCCUAAGGUCCAGCCUGUGUAUGUUCUUUGGUUGGUGGUUCAGAUUCUGAGAGCCCCAAGGGUCCACUUAAUUGACUCUGUUGGUCUUCCUGUGGAGUUCCUUUCCUCUUCCUCCUAUUCUUCCAUAAGAGUCCCCAAGUUCCAUCUACUGUUUGGCUGUGGGUGUCUGCAUCUGUCCUGAGUCAGCUGCUGGAUGGAGCCUUUCAGAGGACAGCCAUGCUAGGCUUCUGUCUGCAAGCACAACAGAGUAUUAUUAAUAGUGUCAAGGAUUGGUGCUUGCCCAUGAGAUGGGUCUCAAGUUGGAUCUGUCAUUGGUUGGCUAUUUCCCCAAUCUCUGCUCCAUUCCCUGUGCCAGCAUUUUUUGUAGACAGGAUAAAUUUGAGGUCAAAAGUUUUUGGGUGGGUUGGUUCCCCUGUUGCUCCACUGGAGUUCCUGCCUUGCUACAGGAGGUGGCCUCUGUGGGUUCCAUAUCCUCAGUGCUAUGAACCACAGCUGAGGUUACCCCCAUUGAUUUUUUGGCACUUCCCUUAUCCCAGGUCUCUGUCUCAUCUUGGAGAUGUCCCCCACCUCCCCACUUCCGUCUAUUGCAGAUUUCCAUUCAUUCUCAUGGCCAUAUGGCCAUCUCUCCUGUCCCUCCCCACACCUGAUCCUGAAUCCUCCAUUCUUCUCUUCAUCUCCUCUCCCUCCCAGUUCCCUCCCCCCAUCUGCCCCCUAUGAUUAUUUUAUUCCACCUUCAAAGUGAGAUUUAAGCAUCCUUGCUGUGCCUUCCUUUUUGUUUAGCUUCUUUGGGUCUAUGGAGUGUAACACGGUACCUGUAUCUUAUGGCUGAUAUCUACUUAUAAGUGAGUACAUUACCAUGCAUGUUCUUUUGGGACACUUUUACCUCACUCUGGAUGAUAUUCUCAAGUUCCCUUCAUUUGCUUGCAAAAUUCAUGAUGUCUUUGUUUUUAAUAGCUAAGUCAUAUUCCAGUGUAUAGAUGCACAUUUUCUGUAUCCAUUCUUCAGCUGAGGGACAUCUAGGUUGUUUCCAGUUUCUAGCUAUUGUGAGUGAAGCUGCUGUGCACACAGCUCAGCAAGUGACUUUGUGGGAUGUGGGAUCAUCUUUUGGGUGUACGCCCAGGAGUGGUAUAGCUGUGUCUUGAGUUAGAACCAUUUCCAGUUUUCUGAGAAACCACCAAAUUGAUUUCCAAAGUGGUAGUACAAGUUUGCCCUCCUACCAGCAAUGGAGGAGUAUUCCCUUUGCUACAAAUCCAUGCCUACACGCUCUAUUUCUUGAGUUUUUGAUCUUAGCCAUUCUCAUAGGUGUGAGGUGGAAUCUCAGAGUUGUUUUGAUUUACAUUUCUCUGAUGACUAAAAACUUUGAACAUUUCUUUAAUAGUUUUUCGGCCAUUUGAGAUUCCUCUGUUAAGAAUUCUCUUUAGCUCUGUACCCCAUUUUUAAAUUGGGUUAUUUGGGGUUCUGAUGUCUAACUUCUUGAGUUCUUUAUAAAUUUGGAAUAUUAGCUCUCUGUUGGAUAUGUCUUUUUGUUCUAUUGACAGCAUCCUUUGCCUUACAGAAAGUUUGAGUUUCAUGAGGUAUCCCAUUUAUCAACUGUUGAUCUUAGAGUCUGGGCCAUUGGUGUUCUGUUCAGGAAAUUGUCUCCUGUCCCAAUGCAUUCAAGGCUAUUUCAUACUGUCCCUCCUAUGAGAUUCAGUGUAUCUGGUUUUAUGUUGAGGUCUUUGAUCCAUUUGGACUUGAGUUUUAUUCAGGGUGAUGAAUAUAGAUUUAUUUGUAUUCUUCCACAUGUAGAUAUCCAGUUAGACUAGCACCAUUUUAGAAGGUGCUUUCUUUUUCUAUUUUAUGGUUUUGGCUUCUUUAUCAAAAAUCAAGUAUCCAUAGGUGUGUGGAUUUAAUUUUGGUACUUUGAUCUAUUCCAUUGAUCAACCUGUGUGCUUCUGUAUCCAUACCAUGCACUUUUCAAUCACUAUUACUCUGUAGUACAACUUGAAGUCAAGGAUGGUGAUUCCUUCUGAAGUUCUUUUAUUGUUCAGGACCAUUUGGCUCUCCUGGGUUUUUUGUUUUUGUAUGUGAACUUGAGAAUUGCUCUUUCAAGGUCUAUAAUUUUUUUUAAAUAAUACAGUUCUUGCCAGAAAGCUGUUGCAUAUAUUGUUUUUCUCAGAAUUUGAAUUUUUUCUUAAGAGAAGUAGAAGAUUAUAGUUGAAGGGUCGUUUUAUGUUUUUCAUUAGCUUAUUGAAUAACUAGAAUAUUUAAUUGCAAAUCUGAGGCCCUGGGACUUGUAGAGUUGGACGUGCUUUGUGUUAUGUAAUUUAAGCUAUCAAGAGGUUAGAAUUAAUGCUUAGCAGUGUCUUCCCUAAGUGACGUCUUCCUUCUUUUAUUCAACAAAUACUUGGUGCUCAGUGUGUGGGUGCUGAACAUAGAGCACUGGAACUAAAGUCCUUGCCCUCGGGAGUCUUCUAUGUAGGUAAUCAAAGGAAAUUAUGACCUUAUAGAGUCAAGUAAAAACAGACCGAAGACAAUGUCUCUGUAAUUUUAUGCCUUUCUCCUUGCGCAUGCCCAUGUGUGUCUCGUCCAUUGGAUUUAGUGGUGCAUGCUGUUGCCUCUGCUUCUCAGUCAGCCUUUCUGUAAUUCUGUGGUCAGUGUUUCAGUUCUCCAUGUACGUACACAUCUGAGUAAACGCUAGAUAUAAGUGAUUUGUAUGCAGUAAAUAAUUGAAGUUUGAAACAAAAUGGUAUUACGGCAGCUUCUGAGGUGUAGUUUUGAGAAUGCCAUUCCCAAUAUUUUUGGCAUUGCAUUCUCUCUGAGGGAUCCUUUCAUUCUAAAGGAUGAAUCUGAACUCUUGAUUCUAUAUAUGGACAGUGUCUGAAUAAUAAUCCAGUCAGUUUAUUUUUGAGAGCAAGUCUGCCCUACAGAGUACUUUAUAUGCAUUUCAGCAGCUUAAUAAUGGACAAAGAGGCAGCUGAGUGGGCCCGCACCUGUUCUUCAGGCAGACGUGAAUCAGAAUAACUGAAGAGUCGCUAAAUGACUCGGGAAAACCCUUACUGUGGUGUAUCUUUAUGUUAUAUAGCAUUAGAAGCUGCUAUGUGUGAUUGCUGGAUUAAUUUCUUCAAAAAAAUAGAGCCUCCCUGUGUAUAUUAUUUUACAGUUGAUAAAGUUUUAAAAUGCUAUAUUUAUUCAUAGUCUGUCACAUAUUUUGAUAGAUAUUGAUAUUAGCAUCAUGAGUAACAAUGCCUUAGCAUAUUAUAUAGUAACUUUUAAGAUAUCUUUUUAAUUAAUGUGGUUAAUAGUUACAGUAAUAGUAUUAGUAUAAUUUUUUUUCAAAAGCUCUAGGCUUUACUUUUGGUUUUCCUUAGAAUGAUUAAAGAGCUCAAAUUUAAGAAGUGUUGGUUAGUAUCUUUUUCAUAUGAAAGAAAUUUUAUUAAAAAAAUUUAGGCUGGGAGAUGGCUCAUGAUGUAAAGUACUUGCUUAUGUAAGCAAAGUUUGGGUCCCCAACAUUAUGUAAAAAGCCAGCUGUGGUGGUGAGAAUGUAUAAUUUCAGCACAGUGGGGUAUGGUGGGGAGACACAGGUAAAGACAGGAGGAUGCUGGGAACUUGCUGGCCAGUCUACUGCAAUCAGUAACUACGAGUGACCGCUUCAGUGCAGAGUGAUAGGCAUGGCACCUGAAGUCGACCUCUGAUUCCUGUGUACAUACUCAUUCAAGCACAUACACGUGCACGUGCACAUGCAUGCACACACAGACACAGACACAGACACACAGACACAGACACACAGACACAGGCACCACACACACACACACACACACACACACAGACACACACAAACACACACAGACACAGGCACCACACACACACACACACACACACACAAACACACACAGACACAGGCACCACACACACACACACACACACACACGCACAUACACAGACACAGGCACCACACACACACAUAGGCACCACACACACACACACAGAUACACACAAACACACACAGACACAAGCUCCACACACACACACAUAUGCACAUACACAGACACAGGCACCACACACACACACAGACACAGACACACAGACACAGGCACCACACACACACACAGACACAGGCACCACACACACACACACAGACACAGACACACACAAACACACACAGACACAGGUACCAUACACACAGACACACACAAACACACACAGACACAGGCACCACACACACACACACACACACACACACACAAACACACACAGACACAGGCACCACACACACACGCACAGACACACAUACAGACAACCAGACACACACACAGAGAUACACAGACACACACACACAGACACAGGCACCACACACACACGCACAGACACACAUACAGACAUACAGACACACACACAGAGAUACACAGACACACACACACAGACACACACACACAGACACACACACAGAGACACAGGCACCACACACACACAAACACAGACACACACACACACACACACGCACACACACAGAGACACACACACAGACACAGAACCCCCCCCACAGACACACACACAAACACACACACACCCACACACACACAGACACACAGACAGACACAGGCACCACAUACACACAUAGACACACGCACACACACACACACACACACACACACACACACACAAGUACACAUAAAAAGAAAUUAAAUUUAGGAAAAAACAUCUGUAGUUUAAGUUGUGGUUAAAUUGAUGUACAUUUUUUGUUUUUCAAAAUUUACCUAUGGCUGUGAGUAUCCUGUUAUUAAAAUUCGAGCUGCAUAUGACUGUUCAUGGUGGAAGCCUGAGGCCU